GACAAUGAGAAAACUCAAAAACAGAACGUCAGGAUCACCGACUUUUAAAAAACUGAAAACCCGACCGCCCUUUUACUUCUCCUUCUCCUCCAAUCAGCAACAAAAAAAUGAAGAAAGAAAAACAAUGGAAGCUCUUCACAUAUCUCCCUCAAAAUCCAAUCAAAAAUCACCAAAAUCCCUAAUUCCCCAUAUACCCAGAUGGCCUGUCCCUCAAUUGACUCUCUCCGUCCCUUUCUUGGGUCAGUCCCCAAACACCCAGGAUCUUCAUAUUAUUCAAAACCAACCUGGCAACCCAUUUGCAGGAUCUUUGCAACGAAGGCAGUGGCGGAAACGGAGGCGACCUUUGGCUUCAAGAAUCUUAUGGAAACUCUGACUGUAAAUGUUCGGAGAGCACAGAGCAGGCCGCUGAAUGUGCCGCUUAUUGCUCCUUUUACUAUUGCUUCUUCUAGGCUUGACCGAGUUGAGAAUGUGGCAAUUAGGAUAGAGUUGGAUAAUGGGUGUGUUGGGUGGGGUGAGGCUCCGAUUUUGCCUUUUGUAACUGCUGAGGAUCAGCUGAUAGCCAUGGCUAAAGCCAGAGAGGUCUGUCAGUUGCUCAGAAGUAGUCCGCCGAUGACCCUCGCUGCUGUUCUGGGGGAAGUUGGUGAAGUUCUUCAUGGCCAUGAGGUUGCUUCUGUUAGGGCAGGUGUCGAGAUGGCAUUGAUUGAUGCAGCUGCCAAUAGUAUUGGCAUACCUCUGUGGAGACUAUUUGGCGGAGUUUCAAAUGCUAUAACCACCGAUAUAACAAUUCCAAUUGUUUCCCCUGCUGAAGCUGCCGAGUUGGCUUCAAAGUAUCGCAAACAAGGAUUCACAACUCUGAAGCUGAAGGUGGGAAAGAACUUGAAGGCAGACAUGGAAGUUUUACAGGCUAUACGUGAAGCUCAUCCUAAUUGUUCAUUUGUUUUGGAUGCUAAUGAAGGCUACAAACCAAGGGAGGCUGUUGAAGUUCUUGAAAAGUUACAUGAAAUGGGUGUUAUUCCUGCUCUUUUUGAGCAACCUGUUCAUAGAGACGAUUGGGAAGGUCUUGGUUAUGUUACUCAUGUUGCAAAAAAUAAAUAUGGCGUCUCCGUUGCUGCUGAUGAAAGCUGUCGUAGUUUAGCUGACCUUAAGAAAAUAGUAGAAGCAGAUCUUGCAGAUGUGGUUAACAUUAAACUUGCUAAAGUUGGGGUCCUUGGGGCCCUUGAAAUUAUUGAAGUGGCUAGAGCAUCAGAACUAAAUCUGAUGAUUGGUGGUAUGGUUGAAACUAGAUUAGCUAUGGGCUUUGCUGGUCAUCUUGCUGCUGGCCUUGGGUGUUUCAAACACAUUGACCUAGACACACCGCUACUUCUAUCUGAAGAUCCAGUUCUUGAGGGUUAUGAAGUGUUUGGUGCUGUUUACAAGUUUACAAAUGCUAGAGGUCAUGGUGGUUUUUUACACUGGGAUAGUGCCGAAUGGUAAAUCUUUGACUCUCUGUCAAUUUUGCUUUUCAGAUAUGUUUAAUAUUAGUUGUGCUUCUGCUUUACCAUUGUUGUAAUAGAGGCUGCUUCAUUGCUACUUACUGGUCAGAAAUAACACCAGGCAUGUUUGGUAAACCGUUGAAAAAGAAGGUGAAGUGGCAAAAUGAAAGGAUCACUUACCACUAAGUUGCCUCUUUUACCCCGUUCAAGACGUUUUUUUUUUUUCUGCAUGAAUCUUACAUUUGUGAAACUGGCUCCAUAUUCGCCCUUGGUUUCUGCGUUAUAAAUUAAUCUAUCUUCUUGACAAGUUUUUAUCCAAAAUUCAAAGGUAAGUUCUUCUUAUGCUUCUUCUACAUCCAAGCAAUCUUAUCUAUCACCUGCAGAGCCAACCAUAAUAAAUGCUUGUUACUCUUGUCCAACUGUGUGAUCAAGGAGCUUACUGUAAACUUCAAUAGAAGCAGAAGAUUUUUUUUUUAUUUUUAGGGGUCGCUGGCAAGUAUAUAAGCAGGGAUAAAGAGUGUCGGCGUGCGGGUUAAAGAAAUUCACAGAGAGUAGUGCAGUGUAUGUUGCUUUAGGAAAAUCUCUUUACUGAAAGUCGGUUUUGGCCAUGAGUGUCAGAACUGUAUAAUUUUAGGUAUCUGAACUUAGCUUCUAGAGAUAGAAUCAUCACUUGUUCUAUGUCCUUGUUGUGGUGAAAUCUGAUGUAAUUGUUUUAAUGAUGUCUCUGCAUAUGCCACGCAUUCUUCUA